CACCUGUAAUUCCAGCUGCUCAGGAUACUGAGGCAGAAGAAUUGCUUGAACCCAGGAGGCAGAAGUUGCAGUGAGCCAAGAUUGCGUAGCUGCACUCCAGCCUAGGUGACAGAAUGAGACCCUGUCUCAAACAGACAAACAAAAUAACACAAAAUGGUGUAUCUAUAUAAUGGAAUAUUCUUUGGCAAUAAAAAAGAGUGAAGUAUUGAUACAUGCUACAACAUGGAUGGACCUCCAAGCAUUAGGCUCAGUGAAAGAAGCCAGUCACAAAAGACCAGAUAUUGUAUGAUACAUAAAAGGCCCAGAAUAGGCAAAUCUGUAGAAAAGAAAACACAUUUAAUCAAACCAGGCACCAAAAUGCUAACACUCCUUCCUGGAGAAAGAAAGGCUAAUAUUUAUUUUACUCAAAGAAGAGCUCCAUCUACAGGCAUUCACCAGAGAAGCAUUGCUUCCUUCUUCACCUUGCAGCCAGGAAAGACAAAUGGCAGUGACCAGAAGAGUGUUUCAUCUCAUACAGAAAGUCAGAUCAACAAAGAGUCCAAGAAAAAUGCGACCCAGCUAGACCAUUUGAUCCCAGGCUUAGCACACGAUUGCAUGGCAUCCCCUUUAGCCACUUCAACCACUGCAGACAUCCAGGAAGCUGGACUCUCUCCUCAGUCCCUCCAGACUUCUGGCCACCACAGAAUGAAAACCCCAUUUUCAACUGAGCUAUCUUUGCUCCAGCCUGAUACUCUAGACUGUGCCGGAGAUAGUAAUACCCCACUGGCUUUUUCCUUCACCGAGGACUUGGAAAGUUCUUGUUUGCUAGACCGAAAGGAAGAAAAAGGGGAUUCUGCCAGGAAAUGGGAAUGGCUUCAUGAGUCUAAGAAGAACUAUCAGAGUAUGGGGAAACACACCAAACUACCUGGGGGCAAAUGCUGUCAGCCCUUAGGCAAGACUAAAUUGGAAAGAAAGGUGUCUGCCAAAGAAAACAGGCAGGCCCCUGUCCUCCCUCAAACAUACAGGGAAUCCUGGAAUGGAGAAAACAUAGAAUCAGUGAAACAAAGCCGUAGUCCAGUUUCUGUGUUUUCCUGGGACAAUGAAAAGAAUGACAAGGACUCCUGGAGUCAACUUUUCACUGAAGAUUCUCAAGGCCAGCGGGUCAUUGCCCACAACACUAGAGCUCCUUUUCAAGAUGUAACCAAUAACUGGAAUUGGGACUUUGGGCCGUUUCCUAACAGUCCUUGGGCUCAGUGCCAGGAGGAUGGGCCAACUCAAAAUCUGAAGCCUGAUUUGCUCUUUACCCAGGACUCUGAAGGUAAUCAAGUUAUCAGGCACCAAUUCUAAAUGUUUGAAGCUUUGUUUCUAAAAGUACCUUGAAAUGAUAGAGAUGUAGGAAAAUAUAGUUGUGGGUGGAGAGAGGAGUGAGUUUGUUUAGGUGGGAAGGUGGCAUGGGAUGAAGUUGUCAUUACUGAGCAUCUUCUCUGUGUAAAUAAAGGGCAGUACCAUUGUUAA